CCUUGCAUACGGAUCUUAAUUUCCCCACAACCGAAACAAAAAGACUACAAAAACAACGGCGCCGUGCAAGAAUAUACUUAAACAUGGAGUUUCGUGGCGAGAGAUUCACGGUGAAUCUUUCCGAUGAUGAGGAUGAAAUCGAAUCAACUUCCACGAUUCCAUCGAACAAUGCCCCUUCAUUUACUUCGCCCUUCGUCGCAGAUAUUAAAGAACGCUCUACAAAACCGCCAACAGCUCCUCAGUUAAAAACUUCAACAACCGGUUUUCCCGAACAUAAAAAAAGAGUACGAGUGUCCGCAUUCAAAAAACAGAGGGCGGGCAAUGCAAACGAUUCGGCGGCAGACAAUCCAAAUGCAGCGGUAGCAGAUUCUCCCAAUGCUUUCGGAGUUCCACCUUCUCAGGGACGUCCAACAGGCGCAGAGAAGGCAGCUACGCAGGAGGACGAUUUUAGUAUCGAAAAAGAGAGGAAGAGAAUAGACGAGGAGAAUAAAAUGAGAAUAGCCUCUAUGUCAAAGGAAGAGAUUGAGCAGGAACAAGAAGACUUACUCGCUACUUUAGAUCCUUCUUUGAUCCAACGACUUUUGAAGCGAGCCAAUUUUGAUGACGGACGUGGAGAUACCGGAAUCGAUCCUCCAUCUCUGACCCAAUCUCUAAAUAACGGUGAGAACAAAACUAUACCCCCGGAAGAUAAAGAGCAAGCCACCCCCGCACCCAAACCAGAAGGAAAGCCGGUUGCGCCUCAAAAGUCUGUGAGGUUUGAAGAAGAUGAAGAGCCGACAAAACCCAUUGAUUUAAAACCAGCAUCAGAGCCUGCUUCGAGCGUCCCUGAAAUUCCUCAACCAUCUAUACAUUUCCCUACUGCUUCCGCUGUUCCCGACUUAGACCCGAACGACCCUUCGUUUCUCGAAAAUCUACACCAGAAGUAUUAUCCAUCACUUCCCGCGGAUCCUUCAAAGCUUGCUUGGAUGGCACCAAUACCCACACAUGGUUCGGUAGCGGACCAAGAAUCUCCUUAUUAUCCAGCAGCGGACGCUUUGGCAGCUUCAGCUCUUCGAUUUGAUUUUAGAGGAGGCUUGUUGCCACCCAGAAUUGCAAGGGCCAUGCCAAUUACAAAAGGUUUACAUCAUCAUGGUGAGGCUCCUGAAGCUGCUGGGUAUACAAUUCCGGAAUUGGCAAGAUUGGCUCGCUCUGCAUUUCCAGCUCAAAGGUGUAUUGCAUUCCAGACCCUGGGGAGGUUUCUAUACAGGCUAGGCAGAGGUGAAUGGGGAGACCCGGGUACUGAGAUGCCGAAGGGUCUAUGGAGAAUCGUGGAAGAGGGUAAAGUUGUUCAGACUCUUGAGGAGGCUGCUAAUACCGAGGGGGGGCACCAAGGCAGCAAAGCCUACGCGAUAGAAGCUUUAUGGCUUUGGCAGAAAGGUGGUGGACACAUUUGGAAAGCUGAUUGAUGAGUUAUGAGAAAUGAUUUUUGGCCUAAUGUUUAUGAUGUGUGCAAAAGAUCCUUGGAAAUCAGCAUGAGUUUUUAUAUCAUAAUAUGAUGACGAUUCGCAAUCAAGGUGGUUGUGUUAUACCUAUCUGCCUAUUAUUUGCAAAACAUCCUUUCGAUGUCCAAACGCCCACAAAUAUGGAUACCCAUUCUAUCAAAUCAGCAAAAAUCCUAUAGUACGAUAGUCCAGUCUAUGUAGAACAUUUGUUGCAUAGUCAAAUUCCGGGAGAACAAAUAGAAGGAAUAGGAAGCCCA